AUAUAAGUAUGUAUCUGCUGUAGCCUGUAGCUUUUAUUGUGUUGUGAAUUGAAACCAGGGAGCAGCGAGCAGCGAGCAGAAGAACCUGGUGCCUAUGGGACCUGCGGUGGAACUAUGGAAGGAAACAGAGAUGGGCAAAACGAGAACGAAGUACGAGAAGCUAAGGGAGAAGAUAAUGUCAUGGGAGGACAAGAAGACGAAAAAGGCCAAGAGAAAGCUUCAUAAAACAGAGAGAGGUGUAGAGAAGACAAAGUUGAAGGCGAAGCAGAGAUAUAGCGAAGACAACGAACGCAUUGAGAGCAUAGUUUCGAAGGCAAGAGCAAAUGCAUAUGAGAGACAGAUAAAGGAAGAGCUGAAGGUUAAGCAGAAAGCAAACCUCAUGAGAACAACUUGUUUAAAUGAAGACACAACUAACUAAUGCGUUUAUUUAUAGA